CCUUCUUUCUUGGCCUCCAUUAACCUUGCAGUUGCAUCCUAUCAUCCACUCUAACCACUGAUGUAGCAUCCUCCUCCUCGCCAUUUAACCUUCUUCAUGCUUUCCGCCUCCUUCCACGACUAAACCCAACAAGCAUAAGCGAGAUCACAAAUUCAAUGUUCAAUGUUGUUGUCAACAGAUGUUGUCGUCCAUGUCACCAUCCAAAUGUUCGAUCUCCUUCGAAAACCCAUCAUUGUCCCUCUCCCCUUUCCCUCAUGCAGAUUAUUCCAUUGGAAUAUUCUAAAACAUUCCAAUUCCAAAACCUCUGGCCCCUUUAUCUUCGACAUGUUCCUCAAGGCCGAUGCUUUAAUCUCACCCCGAAUACUCUUUAAACCCUCCCCGCAGCGUUUUUGGCUGCAUCGUAGCUAUGCUUCUUCGCCUGCCCUCGCACUCCACCCUCCUUCUUCUCUCCAUUCAAUGACUGCCGUAUUCUCCAGGAACCUCGACUCACCUCUCACUUAUUCCUCCCCAGGAACUGCCACUGAAUGCAGAGAACUGAUCCAACAAGCAAAACAAGAACAGCUAGCUCAAAAUGCCUAUUCUGUUCAUAAUAUGCUUGAACUUAACUCUGAACUGAAGCAAUUAGUGAAACAGGGACAACUUUGUAAAUCUAGGUAUAUGUUUGAUAAAAUGACUCACAGAGAUGAGAUUUCAUGGACUACAUUAAUAGCUGGUUAUGUCAAUGCCUCAGACUCGUAUGAAGCAUUGAUCUUGUUUUCAAAUAUGUGGGUCCAGCCAGGACUUCAAAGGGACCAAUUCAUGAUUAGUGUUGCACUCAAGGCUUGUGGACUUGGUGUCAACAUAUGUUUUGGAGAAUUAUUACAUGGAUUUUCAGUGAAAUCUGGUUUGAUAAACUCAGUGUUUGUCAGCAGUGCCCUAAUAGACAUGUACAUGAAAGUAGGCAAAAUAGAACAAGGUUGCAGAGUCUUUAAAAAAAUGACAAAAAGAAAUGUAGUAUCAUGGACUGCCAUUAUUGCGGGGCUUGUACAUGCUGGCUACAAUAUGGAGGCAUUGUUGUACUUUUCUGAAAUGUGGAUAUCAAAAGUGGGCUAUGAUUCACAUACAUUUGCCAUUGCUUUAAAAGCAUCUGCUGAUUCAAGUUUGUUACAUCAUGGGAAAGCUAUACACACACAAACAAUAAAACAAGGAUUUGAUGAGAGCUCAUUUGUGAUUAAUACUCUGGCUACCAUGUAUAAUAAAUGUGGGAAAGCAGACUAUGUCAUGCGAUUAUUUGAAAAAAUGAAGAUGCCAGAUGUAGUUUCAUGGACAACCCUUAUUACGACUUAUGUACAGAAAGGUGAAGAAGAACAUGCAGUAGAAGCUUUUAAAAGAAUGAGAAAAUCAAAUGUCAGUCCUAAUAAAUACACUUUUGCAGCCGUAAUUUCUGCCUGUGCAAAUCUUGCUAUUGCUAAAUGGGGGGAACAGAUUCAUGGCCAUGUAUUGCGUUUAGGUUUGGUAGAUGCUUUGUCUGUGGCAAAUUCCAUUGUUACUCUUUAUUCAAAAUCUGGGCUGCUAAAGUCAGCUUCUCUAGUGUUUCAUGGUAUAACUAGAAAAGAUAUUAUCUCUUGGAGCACUAUAAUUGCUGUUUAUUCUCAAGGAGGUUAUGCAAAAGAAGCUUUUGACUAUCUAUCAUGGAUGAGAAGGGAAGGACCAAAACCAAAUGAAUUCGCUCUUUCUAGUGUGCUGAGUGUUUGUGGAAGCAUGGCACUUCUUGAACAAGGAAAACAGGUGCAUGCUCAUGUACUGUGCAUUGGCAUAGAUCAUGAAGCAAUGGUUCACAGUGCUCUUAUUAGUAUGUAUUCAAAAUGUGGCAGUGUAGAAGAAGCUUCAAAAAUCUUUAAUGGGAUGAAAAUCAAUAACAUAAUAUCGUGGACAGCCAUGAUUAAUGGGUAUGCUGAACAUGGUUAUAGCCAAGAGGCCAUUAAUUUGUUUGAGAAGAUUUCCAGUGUUGGUUUAAAGCCAGACUAUGUGACGUUCAUUGGGGUCCUGACAGCAUGUAGCCAUGCUGGAAUGGUUGAUCUUGGUUUCUACUAUUUUAUGUUAAUGACUAAUGAGUACCAGAUCAGUCCUUCAAAAGAACACUAUGGUUGCAUCAUUGAUCUUCUAUGCAGAGCAGGGCGAUUGAGCGAAGCUGAGCACAUGAUACGAAGUAUGCCAUGUUAUACUGAUGAUGUUGUGUGGUCUACCUUACUCAGAUCAUGUAGAGUGCAUGGGGAUGUUGACCGAGGAAGAUGGACAGCAGAACAGUUACUUCGGUUGGAUCCAAAUUCUGCUGGAACUCAUAUUGCUCUGGCUAACAUAUAUGCUGCCAAGGGGAGAUGGAAGGAAGCUGCACAUAUAAGAAAGUUAAUGAAGUCAAAGGGAGUAAUAAAGGAGCGAGGAUGGUCUUGGGUUAAUGUCAAUGAUAAAUUAAAUGCAUUUGUUGCUGGGGAUCAGGCUCAUCCACAAAGUGAACAUAUCACAACUGUUUUGGAAUUAUUGAGUGCAAAUAUAGGAGAUGCAAGGCAGGAAAUAAGAUCUCUAAAUGAUGACGUCGAAGAUUAGCAGACGGACAUUCUGCCUCAUUUUGGGAAUGCUAGAAAAUAGUUGUUUUUCUGAGUUUCCAUAUUUCAUAGAUUUCAAAUGAUUAUUGGAAAUUGGUUUUCCUGGUCUAAUUAUUUGAAAACAUCUAGCUUGAUGUGGGUUCUCCAAAAACUGAUUUAGAUGGCGUUCAGAAAAUUGCUAUUUCUUUUUGACAAAACAAAUUUAUUAAAAGGUAUUAAAACUCGGUAUUUGCUUCUUCCUUGUCUUCUUCUUCUUCUUUUCUUUUCUUUUUAAUUUAACUUGUUUGCCAUUAUUUCCAUUGAUUUAGACCACUUAUUAUUAGAGUAUAAUAUGUUAAAUGUUAGCUACAGUAGACAGUCAGUCAGCUAGACCUGUGAAGCAGUUGGUUUGUUAGAAGUUGUUAUUUUCUGUUAACCACUUUUGUACAACUGUAAUAUCCCAGAAAAAGACACUCUUUGGAUCUGAAAUCAAGUUUAUGAGUGUUUUAGGGUCUCAAAAAAGGGAAACAUGCACAGCCAAAAGUUUUUAAGAAGUUGUAAUUGGGAGAUUUGUGAAACAAAACAUUGCAAGGGACAGCAAAAUUUAAAGAAGCAGUAGGUAAGUGAUUAAUAUGGUAAACUGCAGUAGUGAAAACAUAAAUCAUUGUAAAAUUGCUCCAUUGAAUAAAAUUGUUCCUGAUUUCUGAAUCACAUAGAUUGCCUUCCUCCAUUUCUGAAUCAGUUCACUCUAAACCCUUGGAACUUAAUUUUACUGAUCUGUGGGGUCCAUCUCUCAUUCUGUUUGUGUAUUGUGUCCUUUAUUGAUGCAUUUUCCUGAUUUACUUGGCAUUAUCCAUUAAAAUCUAAAUCUGAAACAUUUACUGUUUUUCAACAUUUCAAGGUCAUGGUUGAAAAUCAGUUCAACUCCAAAAUAAAGAGAUCGUUUUCAGUUUCUUAAGGACAAACUCAAUGUGAAGGAUUUUUCUUCUGAAAAACCUUCCUCAUGAGUUUGAGGAGGUAUUGGAGUAUAAUACGUUAAAUGUUAGCUAUAGUAGAUAGUUUGUUAGUUAGAACUGUGAAGCAGUUAGUUUGUUAGAACUGUUAAUAGAUAGUUUGUUAGAAGUUAUUUUCUGUUUACUUUUUACAGCUGUACCAAUAAGGUCAGCCUCUAUAUAUACUCCCAUUGUAAUCAGUUUUCAUUUGAGUAAUAAUAAUACAAAGCUCCUUUUUCUCCCUCUCA